GCAGCCUUGAACUUGCAUAGGAAAAAAGGCAGACUGGAUAGUCCUGUGGGGAAAGAGCACAGUUUGUUCACUGCGCUGAGGCCACGGUACACAGCCGCACUGUGCAGAUCUUGAUUCUUGGGUCUGUGAAAUGCAUAUCAAACGUGGAUUGCCUUCCGAUUCACUGAAGACUGCUGGUCAAGAGGAGUGGUCAAACACGGAUUUUAUUAUGCACUUUUAGUUCGACGUCGCCUCGGACGCAGCGCAGCCACACCGCGAGAGGCUCAAGUUCGUUCGAUCCCGCGAAGUUGUGUCAACGCAUGUAAUGAUUCACAUCUGAUUAGCUCCUCAAGUAAACCCAGAGAAGGCUGCACUCAGGCGACCGCUGCAUUGUGCCAAGACCUUGAUUCCUGCACUAGGAUUGCACCAUCCACUCUCCCCCCAAAAAACAUGUCAUCUCAAGCCAAAGUCAAGAAGGACAAAGAGAUUAUUGCCGAAUAUGAGACCCAAGUGAAAGAGAUCCGUAACCAGCUGGUUGAGCAGUUCCGCUGUCUGGAGCAGCAGUCAGAGUCAAGGCUGCAGCUGCUGCAGGACCUGCAGGAGUUCUUCCGUCGAAAGGCUGAGCUCCAGCUGGAGUACUCCAGAGGCCUGGACAAGCUGGCCGAGCGCUACUCCGCCAAAAUCCGCACCUCUAGAGAGCACCAGCACUUCAAAAAGGACCAGAAUCUCCUGUCUACUGUGAACUGUUGGUAUUUGGUUUUAAACCAAACCAGGCGGGAGAGUAGAGACCACGCCACCCUCAGCGACAUCUACAACAACAACGUCAUUGUCCGCCUGGCCCACGUGGGCGAAGAUGUCAUCAGACUUUUCAAAAAGAGCAAAGACAUUGGGGUGCAGAUGCACGAGGAGCUGGUGAAAGUCACAAAUGAACUCUACACGGUGAUGAAGACAUAUCAUAUGUACCACACUGAGAGUCUUAGUGCGGAGAGCAAGCUGAAGGAGGCAGAGAAACAGGAGGAGAAGCACAUCGGCAAGGCCAAUGAUAUUAGUGCCAGCCUGCUGCGUUACGGCCAUGACGACCGCCCACAGCGACGCAGCUCCGUCAAGAAGAUGGAGAAAAUGAAGGAGAAGAGACAGGCAAAGUACUAUGAAAACAAGCUGAAAUGCACAAAGGCCCGGAAUGACUAUCUUCUGAAUCUGGCAGCCACCAACGCCCUGGUGGCCAAAUACUACAUCCAUGAUGUCUCAGAUAUGAUCGAUUGUUGUGACUUGGGUUACCAUGCCAGCUUGGCACGCACCUUGCGAACCUACCUGUCUGCAGAGUACAGUCUGGAGACUUCUCGCCACGAGGGUCUCGACCUGCUGGAGGGAGCGGUAGAUGCCAUGGAUAUCAGAGGAGACAAGCUUAAGGUUAUGGACAUGCACAGCCAGAUCUUCUGCCCUCCAGCGCGCUUUGACUAUCAGCCACACAUGGGGGACGAGGUGUGUCAGGUGAGCGCGCAGCAGCCCGUCCAGACCGAGCUCUUGAUGCGCUACCACCAGCUGCAGUCCCGCCUGGCCACGUUGAAGAUAGAAAAUGAAGAGGUGAGGAAGACUCUUGACGCUACCAUGCAGACUCUUCAGGACAUGCUCACAGUGGAGGACUUUGAUGUUUCAGAGGCCUUCCAGCACAGCCAGUCCACAGAGUCAGUCAAGUCGGCUUCCUCUGACUCCUACAUGAGCAAGGCCAACAUUGCCAAGAGACGAGCCAAUCACCAAGAGACUGAGGGCUUCUACUUCACCAAAUAUAAAGAAUACCUGAAUGGCAGCAAUCUCAUUGUUAAACUUCAGGCCAAGCAUGACCUUCUGAAGCAGACUUUAGGAGAAGGGGAAAGGGCUGAAUAUGGAACAACAAGGCCCCCCACUCUUCCCCCUAAACCCCAGAGAAUGCGGAAGUCUAGACCUCGCUCCAUUUUUAACCGUAAGCUGUUUAACGGCAAUAUGGAGGCCUUCAUUCAGGACUCAGGGCAGCCCAUACCAGUGGUUGUUGAGAGCUGCAUUAGAUACAUCAAUCUGUACGGUCUUCAGCAGCAAGGUAUAUUUCGAGUUCCAGGAUCCCAGGUCGAAGUCAACGAUAUUAAAAAUUCAUUUGAAAGAGGAGAGGACCCACUGGUGGAUGACCAGAGUGAACAUGACAUCAACUCAGUGGCAGGGGUCCUCAAGCUCUACUUCAGGGGCCUAGAAAACCCACUAUUUCCCAAAGAACGUUUCGUCGACCUCAUAUCAACCACCAAGCUCGAUUCAGGUGCAGAAAGAGCUCAUCACCUUCAACAGAUAAUCGUGACCCUUCAGCGGCCUGUGAUCAUCGUCAUGAGAUACCUGUUUGCAUUUCUCAAUCACCUCUCCCAGUAUAGUGAUGAAAACAUGAUGGACCCCUACAACCUGGCGAUCUGCUUUGGCCCCACACUGAUGCCCAUACCAGAUGACCAGGACCCCGUGGCCUGUCAGGCACAUGUGAAUGAAGUCAUCAAGACCAUAAUCAUUCACCAUGAGGUGAUCUUCCCAAGCCACCGUGAGUUGGAUGGACCUGUGUACGAGAAGUGCAUGACUGGAGGGGAAGACUACUGUGAAAGCCCCCAUAGUGAGCCAGGCGCCCUUGAUGAGGUAGACAACGGUACAGGGCCGAACACUAGUGAUGAAGAGUUGGAGCAGAUAGAAGCUAUAGCCAAAUUUGACUAUGUGGGCCGAAGUCCCAGAGAGCUUUCCUUUAAGAAGGGAGCUUCUCUGUUACUCUACCUGCGUGCCUCUGAGGACUGGUGGGAGGGCCGUCAUAAUGGUGUGGAUGGGCUGAUUCCGCAUCAAUACAUUGUGGUGCAGGACAUGGAUGAUGCUUUCUCAGACAGCGUCGCUCAUAAGACCGAUAGUGAGGCGAGCAGUGGACAGCUCCAGGAUGAUAGAGCCCCAUCAAGGAAUGACCACCAGUCCCUUUGUGAACACACACCUGAGCACCGCUUUGCAGCAGCACUGGGAAGGGUGAGAGUGCGUUCAGAUGGAGCUGCAAUUCCUCGCCAUAGGAAUGGUGCUGAUAAUCACAGUCCCACCAGAGUCACAGAUCACCCCCCUAGAGUUAUGCCCCGGCCUUGCAGUCCGCACAAAAUGGCUGUUGGCAGGGGCCCGACAGACAGUCCAGAGAAACGACGUCUCACCACAUUUGGAAGUGCGGGCAGCAUCAACCAUCCUGACAGAAAGGCGUUUGCUGACAGCCACUCUCAGAGAUCAUCACCUAGCACCACUCGGCACGCCAGCUUAGGGGACCACAAAACCCUCGAGGCUGAGGCACUCGCUGAGGACAUAGAGAAGACAAUGAAUACAGCUCUCCAUGAGUUGCGGGAACUGGAGCGUCAGAACGUGGCCAAGCAUGCCCCUGAUGUGGUUUUGGACACACUGGAGCCCCUCAAGCACCCAGGAGGAGCCCAGGAGCCCCCUGGCAGCCCUCUGCACACCAUGGUGAUUAGGGAUCCAGAUGCAGCCCAGCGACGUAGCAGCAGCAGCUCCUCCUCUGAGACCAUGACCACUUUCAAACCAGCUCUCUCAGCACGGCGACCAAGUGCCCCUCUGAGGCCACCACCUGUCAGACCUGUCCGGCCUGCCCCUGUGCUCGGACAGGGGCAGGGGCCACACCGCUCCAGCAGCUCUAGUUCCUCUGGUCUGGGCAGCCCAGGCAUCACCCCCACUGAUCGGGUCUUCCCUAAGGCGCCCUCACCGUCGCCAUCCACCUCAUCCUCAUCCUCAGACAAACAAGGUAACAUGUAGUUGUGGUCAGUCCCAACUCAAGAGCUCAAACAAAACUGUGGAUACCAAGUGAUUGUGAUCACGCCCCUACCCAUUCUCUGCCAGCAAAUGAACAUCAUCAUCUGUACGAUGAAUAUUUACCACUAAUCUUGUAUUUCCAGUGUAGGAUACUGCUGGUAUAUUGACACCUGUCUGCCCUCAUAUUGACUCGUCAGUGGACCUUCAAUCAUAGAGAGAUAGGACUAAAAUCUAUUCUACAAUAGUCUUUUCAGAGAUCAUUUGUUACUCUACCAUAGGUUGUGAUCAUGCUGGAUAAAAAAGGGAUGCACUGGAGAUUACCUUUGUUCACUGAAGUCUGAAAAUGAAGCAUUUCUUUGAAAAUGUUAUGACAUUACAAAGCUGCUGUGAGCUUGGACUUUGUAUCUGGUUCCUUGGCACAUUAUGAGGGAACACUAAAUAUUGUCAUCCCUCCAUAUCAAAAGAUUAGCUGUGUUACCUCAAGAAACAAGUAAACACAUUCUCUUAUGAUUAAAGUGACUAAUGCACUUAUAAAAACACUACAGGGAAUCGUUCUGAAUUGAUAGGUUCCGUGUUUGUAUUUUGAUCAAGUUGUACUAGAAACAAGAUAUAGCACAUCAGAGUAUCAUUGAAGCUUACAUAAUGGCUAGAUUGCACACAAUCAGUUCAGGCUGUGUGAGAAUUUAGAUGGGACUGUUUACUCUUGUUGGUGUUUGUUGUCUGUCUUAUAAAGAUUAUCAAUAUAUCUUUAAAGUGUAAUAGGUCCAAUGAAUUGAAAAUAUACAUAAAGUUAAAGGAUACAUGUAUAAAUAACAUUGUAUAAUAGGAACAGGAUAUAUUAUCGUCUUUAGUGUGUAGAUUUUGUAACUCUUAUCCUUGCACAAACAUUAACAAAAUGAGAAUAAAUCAAUGAAACCUUA